CAAGGCCCUUGAAAUUCAUCACAGUCUUGACAUGUGGCAUGGCACGAAGAACCUUGCCAAAAAAAUUGCAGCAGCAGCAAAGAUAAAAGGACAGUCCAUCCUUCUCAACUGGUUAAAAGAUAUUGUGAACCAUUUCUGGUGGUGUUGCAAGACAGCCGACACACGUGAACAGUUUAUGUCAUUAUGGGUUGGCAUCCUUCACCAUGUCUGUGACGUCCAUACCUGGACUAUGGGAAGUUGUCGGCACGUGAACCUUGAACCUGAAGAAAUACAGGGAAAGAAGUGGAUCCAGAGAGACUCACAAUGCCACAAAGCAUUAGUGGCAAUAGUCCUCAAUAAAAGGUGGCUGAAAGAUGUUCACAAAUACCUGCGAUUCAGAUCAACAGCAGACCUAGAGGCAUUCCAGAACCACAUCCUGAUGUAUGCCAGCAAGCGCUAUGCUUUCAGCCCUCCGGUUUAUGAGGCAAGAGUUCUGCUUGCUGCUCUUGACUACAAUUUCCACCGGACUCGACCAACAAUGAAAACGAAGGAGGGCAAAGAGAUUUUCAAAAGACUGUACAAGAAAAAUGCUAGACGAUACAGCAUAUACGCCUUGAAAUCUGAAAAAACGUAUGGAUACAUUUCCGAGUUGCAAGGACGGAUUUUGAAAAGCAGACUGACAUGUGAAGCGGGGAUGCCUAGGAGGCGGAGCCUUCAACCAGAUGACCCCAGAAGGCUUGGUUUGGUGCCCCCCUUACCUGCACCAGCCUUAUCAGAAUUGUUGCAGACACAAGUCAGGAGAGGUCUAGGGUCAUUAUUCCAAGCAGCACCUGAUGUGGAAGGGUCCACAUAGGAGAUCACCUGAGAUCUUUAAUAAAGUUGUUACAAAUGUACAUUUUAUGUAAAUAUG